AUGCUGAUCGAUCCAUUCGAGCGUCACGUCACCUACCUGCGGGUCUCGGUCACGGACCGGUGCGACUUCCGCUGCGUCUAUUGCAUGUCGGAGCACAUGAGCUUCCUGCCGAAGGCGGAGCUGCUGACGCUGGAGGAGGUCGACCGCCUCUGCAGCGCCUUCGUCGGCCUCGGCGUGCGCAAGCUCCGCAUCACCGGCGGCGAGCCGCUGGUGCGCAAGGGCGUCAUCGGGCUCUUCGAGAGCCUCGGCCGGCAUCUGCAAAGCGGUGCGCUCGACGAGCUCACGCUCACCACCAACGGGAGCCAGCUACCCCGCCAUGCGGAGCGGCUCCGUGCGGCGGGCGUGCGCCGGGUGAACAUCUCCCUCGACACCCGCGAUCCCGAGAAAUUCGCCCGGAUCACCCGCUGGGGCCGGCUGGAGCAGGUGAUGGCGGGGAUCGACGCGGCGCGCGCGGCGGGCCUGCGGAUCAAGAUCAACACCGUGGCCCUGCGCGGCGUCAACGACGACGAGAUCGAGGACCUGGUCGCCUGGUGCGGGGCCGAGGGCCACGACCUCACCUUCAUCGAGACCAUGCCGCUCGGCGAGAUCGACGGCGACCGCACCGAGCAGUACCUGCCGCUCUCCAUGGUGCGCGCCCGGCUGCGCAAGCGCUGGACCCUCGACGAGAGCGACCACCGCACGGGCGGGCCGGCGCGCUACGUCACGGUGCGCGAGACCGGCCAGCGGCUCGGCUUCAUCACGCCGCUGACCCAUAAUUUCUGCGAAUCCUGCAACCGGGUGCGGCUCACCUGCACCGGCACGCUCUACAUGUGCCUCGGCCAGGAGGACGCGGCCGACCUGCGCACGCCGCUCAGGAAGAGCGAAAGCGACGAGGCGCUGGUGGCGGCGAUCCACGAGGCUAUCGGGCGCAAGCCCAAGGGCCACGACUUCAUCAUCGACCGCCGUCACACCCGCCCCGCCCUCGGCCGCCACAUGAGCGUGACCGGCGGCUGA